AUGACAAAAAUGGCCAAUGAAAUCAAAUCCAAUGAUAAUAAUUCAAAUCAACGACAACAACAAAGAAUGGCAAUCAUAUUAUUGAUUAUAACAAUGUUUGGUUGUUUUUUAUAUAUGAAAUUUACUGAUUUUCUUGUCAUAGCAUUACAAUCACAAUUACAGAUAAAUGGAGAUCCAAAUGAUUUUACAAAAAAUUGGCAAGAUCCACCGAUACCAAUCACCAUUGAUGCUUAUAUAUUUUCUAUUGAUAAUCCACAAGAAUUUGCUAGUGGCCAUAGUCGUGCUAAAAUACGUGAAAUGGGACCAUAUUCAUAUCGUUUGGCAAUACAUAAAGAAAUUGUUUCAUUUGAAGAUGAUAAUAGGAUAGUUACAUUUUUUGAUGUGCAAAAAUUUUAUUUUAAAAAUCAUGAAUCACAUGGUCAACUCAGUGACCGUGUGAAUGUGCUUAAUUUUCCAGCCUAUGCAAUGGCCAAUAUGGUACGUGGAAUGAUUGCAUCGAUGCCAUUUUCAUUUGGACUUAAUCCGAUUGUAUUCAGUUUGGUUAGCCUAUUAUUUCUUACACAUGGUGAAUCAAUGAUCAAACAAAAUCUUACAGCUGGUCAACUAUUGAAUGGUUAUCCAUUUCGUAUAUUGGACACUAUUGAUCGUUUAGCAGCACCAUUACGAUUGUUUGGUAUUGAAUUACCAGAUACCGGUAUGCCUGAUAAUAAAUUUGGAUUUUUAUGGACCAAAAAUGGUACAAAAAAUGGUCCAUAUCAAACAUAUACCGGGCAAGAUGGUACUGAUCUUUUACGAAUGGUCACAUUUAAAGGACAAUAUCAAUUAGAUUUUUAUGAUAAUGAUGAAUGUAAUGCUUUGAAUGGAACUGAAGGCAGUACACUUGGUUUGAAUGUACACAGAGAUCGCUAUUAUUAUUUAUUCACACAUGAUUUAUGUCGAAGUUUAAAUGUUAUCUAUCAACAAGAUACAUGGGUCAAUGGUUUUCAUACAUAUCGUUUUGGACCAGAUCGUAAUGCAUUUGCAGCGCCAAGAAAAAAUCCAUUGAAUCGUUGUUUUUGUCGCCAUAUGGAUAAUGAAAAUCUUUGUGAUGGAAUAUUUGAUCUUAGCAAAUGUUUAGCCGGUGCACCAUUAGCAUAUUCAUUUCCACAUUUUCUUUAUGCACAUUCGGAUAUUCGUACCAAUGUUGAAAAUAUGCGGCCAUCUGAAAAUCGUCAUCGUGCUUAUAUUGAUGUAGAUCCGAUUACCGGCAGUCCAUUUAAUGGUGUAGAUAAAAUUCAAAUCAAUGCAUUAUUAGAACCGAUACCAUAUCUAAGUGGAUAUUCGGAUGUUCGUAGCACUAUACUACCAUUAUUGUGGAUGCAAAAAAGUGCUAAAAUUGAUGAUAAACUAAGUGGUGAAUUACGUUUAGCAUUAUAUCCAAUUUAUGCUGUUUACAUUAUCAUUUAUCUGCUAUUUUUUGGUGGUUUUUCACUAUUGACAAUUCACAUCGCCAGAUGGAGCUAUCAGUCUUAUAAGAUUCGAACCAAUCGAACAAUGAUGACAAAUGUUGUCAAUACAACCGAUGAAAAAAAACCGCCAUCAAGAUCUAGUUCAACCGAACCAUUGUAUCAACAACAACAACAAUCAUCAAGUAUUCAGAUUGAUAAUCAACAACAAUCAAUCAAAAUGAAUUGAAUUGUUU